AUGCACAUUGUGCCAUUCCCUGAGACGGAGAACCAGAGCAAGCACACCAGUGUGAGACCAUGGCUUCAGGCACUUUUUUUCAUCCUGACGUUCCUGGGUUUUGGCCCGCAGAAGGUCGGCGAUGAACUAGAUGCAGAUACAAAUGAGCCCAUACAGCAGCGUGCGGAGAUGCUGCAGGAGCGCAUGAUGCAGCUCCUGUUGGAAAUUGAGAAGAGGGACCAGGAGCGCCACAGGCACGGUGGCAUGCAAGCCGUGCUCUUAUCUGUGUUGCUGCGCUGGCAGUUCUGGUUCAGCAUUGGAGUUCUUGUCCUUUUCUUCUGGUACCUCUGGUGGCUUCUUAGAAGGAUCCGAGAGCCUGACAGCAGCAGUGAGGAGGAGAGCUCCAGUAGCGAAGAAGAUGAGAGCUCCAGUAGCGAAGAAGAGGAGGAAGAGCAAGAAAGACCACGACCAAACCCCAAUAAUGCAGACGAUCUGGCUGAUUAUGUAAGUCAGCGCAUCUACUGGCCACUUCCAAAUCCAAUCAUCAGAUGCUAUCAGGUGGUGGAGGUGGUGGAAGACCUCCUGAAUGUCUACAGCUCGGUCUUUCAAGAGACUUUCUUUCCGGAGCUGCAGUCAGCCAUCGGAGUGGGCAGUGCCUUUGAAGGUUGGAGUCCCCGUGAGAAUGACACUGUCUACCGCCUACUUAUGCCCAUGACGGCCCCCCGUGGGCACUCCUUCCACCUGGAGCUGGGCAAUGAGGACGAUAUGCUGGCGAGGAACUCCUCUAUCCGUGUCGAGCUGGAGUGCACGUGCGCGAGGGAGCAGGCCUUUGAGGACAUGCUGUGCUUCCUCCACCAUUCUGAGGAUGAGCUGAAAAAUCAGGAGCCGAGCCUCCUAGACACCCUCUGCACCGACUCCUACCUAGAUGCGGAGAAGACUGCAAGGUGGUUCCAGAACUUCGUGAAAACAGCCUGGGUGGUUAUGCCUCAGUCGCACAUUUACAAUGUAAAAGUGCUACCUUCCAGCCGCUCCUGCAAGUUCCAGAUGACAAAUGCUACCAAGAGAAACCUCACCAUUGAGAUAAUAUUUGGGGUUCAGCAAGGCAAUUCAGACAUCUUCCUGAGCAGCCAGAGGACGGAGGCCAUCUUUACCCGCAGCACAACAUGGCCACAGAGCUGUGCUGUUGCAGAGAGGAAGUUCUUCCAGCACAUAAACGCCGAAGCCUGGUUCUACAGCUUACACCUCAAGUGCAUGCAGAUCUGCGCCCGUAUGCUGGUGGGCACAAGCAUUUCCACUUAUGUCAUCAAGACUGUUGUCAUGCACCUCCUGACCACCAUCCCCUUGGAAAUGUGGCACAGGGAGGAUUUUCUGCUGCGGCUGGAUGAUAUCAUUCGGUACCUGCACUGCUGCCUGGAAGAGAAACGCCUCAACCACUUCUUCUUUGGCAACGAGAUGGUGCCCGAUGUGAUUGUCCUGCCACCAGCCUUCCAAUUUUCUGGCCCAGUCAACCUUUUCGAGCACCUGGAGCAGGACACGCAUGCCUACACCCACGCGCUGGAAGAGUUCCAGGAGCUGCGCAAUCGGCUCACAAGACUGAUGAUCUAUGGACACUGA